UCUGUGCCUGCAGCCCUCAGGCUAGACCUUUGUUGGUAGCAGGAGUUGGGCGGGCAGUGGCCUGGAAAACCUUCUGGGAGGUUCCAGCUCAGCUCCCAAGGACGCUGCUUUACCCACCCUCCAUCAAGUGAGCUCAAGGUGAAGCAGGCACGUGAGCACCAGCCCUCCCAUGCCCACCCGGACGUGCAUAACCCCGCCGCAGGACAGGCCGUGUCCUGCCAGUGUGACCAGCUCCUUUCUUGGGGCAGCAGAGCCGUGGAAGAGCUGCAAGUGAGGCUGGUGAAGCCGCCACAGUGAGGCAGCCAGAGUUAGGCAGCGACAAGAGACCAGGGGAGGCAGGAGAGAAGCCCCUGAAGAAAAGGAAGGUGACAGCCAGGGCACCAGGCAAGAGGGCAUGGAGUCAGGGCUGUGGAACGGGGCCAGCAUGCUGAUGCGCCGGCUCUGGACAGCGGUCAGCAAGGCACUGUUUGCCGAGUUCCUGGCCACAGGACUGUAUGUGUUCUUUGGUGUGGGCUCCGUCCUGCGCUGGCCCUCAGCACUUCCUUCUGUGCUGCAGGUCGCCAUCACCUUUAAUCUGGCCACAGCCAUGGCGGUGCAGGUCAGCUGGAAGACCAGCGGGGCCCAUGCCAACCCUGCUGUGACGCUGGCCUUCCUUGUGGCCUCCCACAUCUCCCUGCCUCGGGCUAUGGCCUAUGUAGCUGCCCAGCUGGCCGGGGCCACUGUGGGGGCUGCCCUGCUGUACGGGCUCACUCCUGGAGACGUCCGAGGGACCCUUGGGAUCAAUGUGGUCCAGAACAGCACCUCGACUGGCCAGGCAGUGGCAGUGGAGCUGAUUCUGACCCUGCAGCUGGUGCUCUGUGUCUUUGCUUCCACGGAUAGCCGUCAUACACUGGGUUCCCCGGCUGCCAUGAUUGGGACCUCUGUGGCGCUGGGCCAUCUCAUCGGGAUCUACUUCACUGGUUGCUCCAUGAACCCAGCUCGCUCCUUUGGUCCUGCAGUCAUCAUUGGCAAGUUCGCAGUCCAUUGGAUCUUCUGGGUAGGACCCCUGACAGGGGCCGUGCUGGCUUCGCUGAUCUACAACUUUAUCCUGUUCCCUGACCCCAAGACUCUGGCCCAGCGCCUGGCCAUCCUCAUGGGCACCACUGAGGUGGAGAAAGUGGUAGAGGUGGAGCCUGAGAAGAAAGACUCUCAUUCCAGUUCAGGGGAAACCGAAGUGAGCGUGUGAGGCCACUGCACAGGGGCCCUGCGGGCGGGCAGCGUGCUUGCCUGACCCGACUCGUGCUUUCCCAGUGAGGGGACGGGAAGCGGGGAGUAGGAGGCUUGGUCGCUCGUUCUGCAGGGUGGGCUGGGUUGGGGGUGCCAAUCCCUAACCCUGGCAUUACAUUUCUUUCCUUUUUAAAAAUGGCAAUGGCAAUGGAGAGCUUCACUCACACUAGACAAGGACGUUACCACUGAGCCCUUUUUAGCUUUUUUUUUCUUCUUUUGGUACCAGGGAUCGAAUUCAGGACCUUGUGCU